CAAAAUGGUGCGCUUAAAACAUCGACCACAUGGACCUGCCGCAAGGUCCUACGGUGGCAACUAUUUGGAUUGGAAUGUCUUUGUGUCGGAGCCGGACAUACCUCGAUUAAGACAAAGAACCGGAAGCUGGUGGUACGCGCAGGACCGAUCAUCCGUUAAGCAUCCACACGAGUAUAUCACUGUCGACGAGCUUAAUUGCUACCGGAAGCGGAAGUUUUCACAAAAUCACGCAAAACAUCUAGGAAGCAACUUCUCGUUGUACAACAAGUCCGAGCCCUCGCUUCCGUCAGCGGUUGAUAAGCACGUAACCGAGUACGUAGACCGAUUUCAGCGCCAAGCAGUCUAUGAACGUGCGGUUCCAUUGAGACGUAGCACCUCACUACACAUUGAACCGGGAACGAUGAAGGGUAUAUCUGAGAAUCACUCCAAGUUUGUCAGCUAUUCGCAGGACACGAUCGUGAAAUCUCGACCACCUGCAAUCAGACCUGAAGAAAGUUUUAAGCUGCCUGAAAACGGAUUGCGCGGUACCGGGCUUGCCAAUGCGUUUUCAGAAUAUAAAUCAUCCUUUCUGCCGUACGAUUUUCUGCCCGAAAGCAUGGAUCAACGGUAUCGUAAUCGAAACAAACGCAAGGAAAAGGAGAAACGAGACGAUUUGAGCGCGUCUGAUUCGAAGCUUCACAACAAAGAACAGCUAACCCGCAGCAAUCUAAGACUGACCGGCGAAGCUACGUUCGAGCCGGAAUAUAAAAGCUCGUUUGGACUUCCGUUGGCAGGGGACAAGUCACGCUCGACGCCACAGCUGAACAACAUCGCGUUUACCGGUAACUUCCGUGAGGCACCGUCUGAGUACAAGGAGUGUUACAAAUAUUACGAUCAUUUUACCAAGAGUGCUCCGAUUCGUAAGUUUGAUAAUCUUAGCUUGCACGGUACGAUCGAAUUCCGGCCCGAGUAUAAGGAAAGCUACCGAGAGUUACCAACAGGUGGUGCUAGCGAUCAGUGGCGUUCGCAGUGUGUAGUACGCAAGGACAAUCUGUCGCUCAAGGGCGAUUUUCUUGGACGAGAGCCCGAGUAUAGUUAUAGCUUCCGAAAUCCGCACAUUACAUCUAAACCUGAAAAGGCCAAACCGAAGGACAACUUUCUCGCUAUGCAGGGGGACAUGGAUUAUACUCCGAUGUAUCGUUGCUCUUACGUGGAUUACCCUCGGUCAAGACCACUGGUGAAGAAACCGGUGUGCAGCAUCAAUUUGGAGGAUGUUUACGAGAAACCACCACAACGUCGCCUAAGUCGGCGCACACCUUCCCCCAUUAAAUAUAACGUUCAUGCUGCCCCCACCGACAAUUCCAAGCCGGACGUGAUAGAAAAAUUUAUCUCCCAGCCCGAAUAUCGGAAAGCGCAGCGAGAGUUAAUGAUCAAGAAACGAUCACCUCCGAAAGAACGUGGCAGUUUGUUAGCACAGAAGAUACUCCAAGAUAGUAAGCUUACUACCGAUCCUACACAACCCAUCCAACCGAUCCCGACAGUGCACGUGGAAAACGUUGGUGGUGGUAGUAGUUCCACUACUACCACAAACGAUGGGACAGCUACAGGCAAGACUGUCACUGCCACUGCUGCUGGUGGUAAUGUAAAGGAUCCAAGGGUCGGUCUAAAAGCAGGCAGUCCAGUACAACUACCCAUACGAAUAGCGAAACAUGGUCGACGCGCCAAAUCGCCCAUCAUUGCCAUUCAACGCGAAAAUGAACCAAUCAUUUUCUACAAAGAUCUACACCGAAAAGGUGAUCACAGUGUGCGCAAUCACACGAAGGUAAUCGAGGCAAAUCCUUCCUAUCGCAAAGCUACAUACCAACCUCCGGGUUAUGCGCACAAGAAGCCAGGAGAAAAGGUAAAAACGGGAACACAAUCGUUCGUCGUACUAAAUGCUCCGGCCAAGCAGCGAUCUACCCGGUGGGCUGAACCAGCCACUAUUUAUGAUUCACAUUUCUACUAGACGAGUAUCUAUUGGUGUCUAAAUGUACGACUGUAGGUA